AUGGCUGAAUCUUCUUCUUCAAGCCUCAAAGGGGACCGAAGAUCACAUCGCUCCUGGACAAUCUCAGCAGAGUCCAGUGCAAUCGAGAGCAAUGGUCGGUCAUCCGUGGAUUCCAACACGGAGAGACCGAAGACACAAGGUGGAGAACCAGCAGAUACCAACCGGGCUGGUCCCAGUGGGUUUUCAAAGCUGCUCGAAGCACGUCGGAGGCGAAAGAAGAAUAAGAAUAAAAAAGACGAGGAGCCGCCAGUGCCCAGUGUUCCCCUGGACCACGAUCUACAAGCAAGCAGAUCCAACGAAUCUCGCGAUGGAACCUCUGCAGGCAGCUCAUCUGUUGCUGGAAGUGCCGCGGUACCAGUAGUGGAAGAUAUCAAUCUCUUAACAGAUGACUCCGAGCCGGACAGGACUCCGCCGCUCACCUCCCAUAGCUCGCACACCGGAUUUUACACGUCGUCCUCCCCAUUAAUCAAGACUUCAUCGGUAGAUGCUGCCGAUACUGAAGGUUCUCAAGCCGAUGUUGAGUCGGCAGUUAGCGGUCCCAGUGCUACUGGGUCGGACUCAAACCAGGGCGAAGGGAGAUCUAGGCGCCCGACACAAACUAGCCUAACGUUGGAUGUCCCCGGCGAUUCUAAUAGCAAGCGACGGAGUGCAUCUUCUGGGAGACGUUUAAAGGAUGCUUUCACCUCAGACAAAAAGGCACCUACCGAUGAUCCCGAGACUUCGUCAGCUAAGUCUGGAGGAAAUAAAAGCGGACGGAGUAUAUUUGGGGGCAGCCGGCGAAGCAGUCUCUCAUCUAAACGAGCUCAAGCAGCUUCUGAUGAAGUUCCUCCAAUGCCAGCACCAAUUCGCACCGAUCUGACAGAUGACAAGCCUCGUUCGCUCCAAGCGAGCCCCAUGCCAAAUACCCCUCCGCAUACCGCCAUUCCGGCUCCAGCUACAACAGUGACUCCUCCCACCCCCACUGAACACCGCCCUCUAAACCCGCAAAUUUUGUCCGACGAUGUGACCGAUUCACCGGAGUCUAUCAAGUCUAGAAAUUCCAUAUCCUCCGGAACUGGAGUCACUACCGUCAGUCCUUCUGGGAACAUGAUAUCUCAUCGACGCGUACGAUCGGCUUCCGCAGCCCAUGGCCCAAGCAAAUUGUCUAAUUCGGUCUCGGCGCUGACGCCUCUCGACGAAAAGACACCGGGCGCAAAGACCCCCAACCCACAGCAAAGCGGCUUUUUCUCUUCUGUCUUUUCGGUCGCCCAAAAUGCGGCUUCUUCGCUAAGCAACAGUCUGAAUAGCCAGCAGAGGAAUCGCCCCAGCUCUCAACCUACUGCGGCUGAUGUCGAUCAGACCCAGAUUGAUGGUCCUUCGGACGAGGGGGAACAGACUUCUGAAAAUGGAAGCAAGGGCGAAGAAAGCAAGCCUUCUGCUAUCGAGACUCUUGGCGCCGGAGACCUCAACUUCGGUCACCUUGAGUUCGACGCACAGCCAGGUCAGGUACUUUCAACCACCGACGGAGUGGUGAUCACGAAACCCGGCAGUCCGAUUGAGAAGCGCAAGAACACUGCUGUCUUUCAGCGGGAUGAGGCGGCCUCCAAGCUUGAAGAUCAGCGCGCGGCGCGUGCUGUUCAAGUGGCUUAUGAACGGCCCUCCGAUCUGUCGUUGACAGGUCCGCCAGUUGACGAAGCCCUGGAACUUCAAUCCACAAGUUCGCUCCCAAGAGAUCAAGCAAUUAUGGGUGAUCAAACUCCCCCGGGUGGAAGUAUCCUGGAUGGGGAUCUCACUGGUGGUAUUAAACGAAGCGGAAGUGUGCGCAGCAGACUUGCCCGGCGUCAUCGGGGCUCAUCUGGAGCAACAACUUCUACCAUUGGAGCAGCAGCCGCUAACGCAAUCGCAUUGGGUGCCCCUGGUGCUAAUUCGAGUGUACCUCGAUUGACUGGCUUCGCGGUUGCAAGCAAAAAGCGCAACAGGGACUUCCACCAGCUGUUCCGAAGCGUGCCUGAAGACGACUAUCUGAUUGAAGAUUAUAGCUGUGCGCUGCAGCGUGAAAUCAUCCUUGCUGGUCGUAUCUACAUCUCAGAAGGCCACAUUUGCUUCUCUAGUAAUAUUCUCGGUUGGGUGACGACUCUUGUGAUCAGUUUCGAUGAAGUUGUUGCAAUUGAAAAAGAGAAUACAGCCAUGGUCUUCCCCAAUGCAAUUGCCAUUCAAACUUUGCACGCUCGCCACACGUUCCGAAGCCUGCUUAGUCGUGAAUCAACAUAUGAUCUCAUGGUCAAUAUCUGGAAGAUAAACCAUCCGUCCCUCAAGAGCUCUGUGAAUGGAACCCGCGUCACUGGCACUGGUGAUAAGACAGAGAAAGUUGAGGACGAUGGGAGUGAUUCUGAGAGCGAAGUGUCCGAUGAAGAUGAAAUAUACGAUGAGGACGAGGAAGGGGACAAUGCCGACAGCUUCUUUGAAGCCGGUGGAAGUGCGAACGCCAGCGCAACAUCUUUGCCGGUGAGAGCUGGUUUAAGUCGCAAGGCAUCUAGCCUUUCUGCCAAUGCAGCAAUGCCUGCGUUCGGGCCAGCUAACGCUAGCACUGCAAAGAACGGCGAUAAGAGUGCUUCUAAAGACGCGCCGCCUGACUUCCCUGGUCCCGUCACCCAUGCACCUACUGAAUAUGUCGAUCCUAAUGGACAAUAUGAAAAGGUCAUCAAAGACGAGAUCAUCGCAGCACCCCUUGGCAAGGUCUACUCUUUAGUUUUCGGUCCAGCAUCUGGCGAGUUCAUGACCAAGUUCCUCGUUGAGAACCAAAAAUCUGGGGAGCUGCAGUUUGAGAGUACGGCGAAGGGACUGACGAGCGAAAGUCCUAUCCGGAAGUAUUCGUACAUCAAGCCUCUGUAUGGUGCCAUUGGCCCGAAACAGACCAAAUGUAUCAGUACCGAGAAUUUGGACCUUUUGGAUUUGGAAAAGGCCGUUCUUGUCACACUGAGUACUCAAACACCUGACGUCCCCAGCGGAAAUGUUUUUGCUACCAAGACGAAGUAUCUUUUCACUUGGGCUGCAGACAAUAAAACUCGCUUCCUCAUGACUUGUACCAUUGAGUGGACAGGUAAAAGUUGGUUGAAAGGUCCGAUUGAGAAAGGCGCAAUCGAUGGCCAAACAGCAUUCGGCAACGACCUAGUCAGGUCUCUCAACGCAGGGGUUGUUCCUCGCGGACGUUCGAACGGCGCUGGACGCGGCAAAGGCCGCCGCAAGAAGGGCGAUAGUGCAGGCCGAGAGUCCACCGCAGCUACGUCGUCGAAGGCCACCAUGGACUCGAACGUCGGAAAGGGCGACUCUUGGGGACUGUUCGAACCGAUUCGCCCCUUACUAGACCCCUUCACGAGUCUUCUCAGUCCGCUAUGGAGUGGGAACGUUGCUAUCAUUCUCAUCGGCAUUUUGCUCUAUUUGGCCUUUUUCAGAUCAUCGUCGUCGUCUAUGCUCGCAAAUGAAGUUGGCUGUCCCGGUUACAGCUUACCUCAGAGGCUGGCUGCUUAUGAGGAGAUGUGGCGUCGUGAAGAAACUGAACUUUGGAACUGGCUGGAAGACCGUGUCGGCAUGGAUGGAAUGGUUUUUCCCAACACAUACCGUGCGCCCGAACCACACCCGCCUCGCAGGUCAUCUGGCGGCAAUGCAGCUGAUGAGCGUGAGCUAGCCUCGAGGCUUCGUGAAGAGAAGGUCUCGGACCGUGAAAUGGAUCAUGCUAUCCGCACCACGCGUCAACGCCUCGACGUUUUGGAGGAAAUGAUGAACAAGCGCAACACCCAAUUAGAGGUUGACGAUCCAAUUCGGACAUCUGAAUUGUGA